AUGAGCGUAGUACGCCCUACGAGGUGCCUCCUCUCCGGCAGGCUUGCUGCUACGGCCAAACCACCACCGUCGCGAUGUCGCGCCCAAUUCCACAGCUCGGCGCGACUCGCCGGCAAGCGCAAACCCCGAUUCAAGAGCAUCCGAGCCGAGGAGAUGGGCCUCACGACGCCGGAGAAGGUUGUUGAGUUCUCCAAAGAGACCUUCCCCCAGUACAGCCCACAAGAGAUGGAGAUUCUCAGGAAAAAGUACACGCCCGAUCAGAUAGCUGCGCUCGAGGCGGGCGAGGCAGCUAUAGACCCGAAAGACCUCACCAUACAGGGCCGGGUGCGGCGAGACACCUACAGGGUGCCGUACCUCGACGACUUCAGCAAGAUCUACCCCAUCAUCGACAAGCGACCCAAGUCAGGUGCCCCCCCACACCCGAACGCCAGGUUCAUGACCGACGAAGAGGACAUCGAAGACUUAACCACGCGCCUCGAGAAACUAAUACCGAAGGACGUCAACUUCGACGGCAUGAGCGCCGAGGAGAUAGAAAAAAUAUUGCGAGAGCGAGUCGACCUCGACAUGGAGGAGGCCAAGUAUUUCUUGCAGCCGGAAACGCUGACGCCGACCAACGGACCUACCGCGUCAGCUGUGGCCCCGCUGCUGGGCAAAAAGCUCAAGGGUGUGGCGGGACUCUACAAGCCGCCGAUCGACCCGGCGGACGGCGGCAAGGAUGACCAGGGCAUAUACCAAGAUCUCAAGAGGCGAACGGGCCUGAGCGUGAGCAACAUCCUGGACCUCUCCACCAAGGUCCUCGUGACGCGUUACGUCCACAACCAGACGCGUCUAGGCAAGAUCAUAACCGCAUCGGUCCUAGCGAUUGCGGGGAAUAAGAACGGCCGGCUAGGCAUCGGCGAGGCGAAGUCGGUCGAAUACUCGGUGGCCGUGCAGAAGGCGAAGCUGCUCGCCAUCCGGAACAUGCGGCCGAUCCGCAGAUACGAAGACAGGACCGUCUACGGCAUGGUGAGGGCCAAAGUUGGCGCGACCAUCGUGCAGAUCGACGCCCGGCCGCCUGGCUUUGGUCUUCGUGCGUCCCAUCGACUCUUCGAGAUCUUUCGCGCCGUGGGUAUCCACGACAUCGCGGCCAAGAUGCCGAGGGGCCGGAACCCGAUGAACUCGGUCAAGGCCUGCUUCCUAGCGCUGGUGGGCCAGCAGGACCCCGAGGCGCUCGCCAUCGGCAGGGGCAAGAAGCUGGUGGACGUGCGCAAGGUGUACUACGGCGGCAAUGUGUACUAG